UCCACUGCCAUGGCUCUUCAACAACUUAAAGUACUUUAUUUGGAGUCUUGUCCAGUGAUGGAAGAAGUUAUUGCAGCAACAGAGGAUGGGCUCAAGGAAGUGAUUGAUGUGAUUGAAUUCCCAAAGUUGGAGUGGCUAAUACUGAAAGAUCUACCAAACCUCAACAGUUUUUGUAAUGCAAACUAUAAUUUUAAUUUGCCAUCAUUAAACAGAGUUGUUCUGAAGAGGUGUCCGGAUAUGCACAACUUUACUUUGGGACAAGUACGCAUGUCACAGAUAUUUGUAAGUACACGUGGCAAUGAAGGCCUUUGGACAGAAGAUCUCAAUAAGUAUUUAGAGGAACGACUUCUGAAAGGAGAGGAAUGCGCAACCGUGGAUGAAAGUGAUUUUGACAUCGAAGAAGAAGACUUCUCUAACCUUUAUCGGCUUAGAUGGUUAGAUAUGAUCGAGUUCAAGUUGCUGAGAUUGGCGUAUGCUGGAUUACCCUCCUACACUCAAUGGCAAACUUAUUGUUUCUUCCAAUAA